GAUGUUGAGCCCAGUAGAAACAUUGGCCUCAACUGCAAUAUGUGGAAUCAUACACUCAAUUAUUGGAGGCCAACCUUUGCUCAUAGUAGGGAUUGCAGAACCCACCAUCAUCAUGUAUGCUUACAUGUACAAUUUCGCCAAAGAUAGGAAUGACUUGGGAAGGCAACUCUUUUUGCCUUGGGCUGGAUGGACCUGCCUUUGGGCGGCUUUGAUGUUGAUACUUUUAGCAAUAUUCAAUGCCGGCGCUAUUGUUAAUAAAUUCACCAGAAUUGCUGACGAGCUUUUUGGCAUGUUGAUCACAGUCUUGUUCAUUCAAGAGGCCAUUAAGGGAAUGGUGAGUGAGUUUAAAGUUCCUGAACAUGAUGAAGACCCGGAAUUGGAGAAGAACAAGUUCCAUUGGCUUUAUGCAAAUGGGUUAUUGGGAAUUAUAUUCACUUUUGGCCUCCUCUUUUCUUCUCUCAAGAUCAAAAAGGCUAGAUCUUCGUUAUACGGCACAGGCAAGUCAAGAAGCUUCUUUGCAGACUACGGGGUGCCCUUAAUGGUGAUACUCUGGGCAGCACUGUCCUAUGCAGUACCAAGAAAACUUCCCUCUGGAGUUCCUAGAAGGCUUGUUUCUCCCCUUGCUUGGGAGUCUGCUUCUGUACAGCAUUGGAGUGUUAUCAAUGACAUGGCGAAGGUCCCACCUGCAUAUAUUUUUGGUGCCAUAAUUCCUGCAUUGAUGAUCGCAGGUCUUUACUUCUUCGAUCAUAGCGUUGCUUCUCAAUUGGCACAACAGAGGGAAUUCAAUCUGAAGAAGCCUUCGGCCUAUCAUUAUGAUGUGAUGUUGCUGGGAUUCAUGACUUUGCUUUGUGGGUUGGUUGGUUUGCCGCCUUCCAAUGGAGUUCUUCCUCAAUCCCCCAUGCACACCAAAAGCCUGGCUGUUCUCAAGAAACAGGUGAUUCGAAGGAAGAUGGUGGAAAGUGCCAAAGAAAGCAUAAAGCACAAUGCAAGCAAUUCUGAGAUCUAUGGAAACAUGCAAGCAGUGUUUGUAGAAAUGGACAAAAGCCCAAUUAGUUCAGCUGUGAAAGAACUAGAGAACCUAAAAGAAGCAGUCCUGAAAGGAGAAGAGAAAAAUGAUCCAUUUGACCCUGAGAAACACAUCGAUGAACAUCUUCCCAUCAGAGUGAACGAGCAAAGAGUGAGCAAUCUGUUGCAAGCAAUACUUGUAGGAGGAUCUGUGUUUGCCAUGCCUGUGAUCAAGAAGAUACCCACUUCAGUUCUUUGGGGGUACUUUGCUUACAUGGCUAUUGAUAGUCUUCCUGGAAAUCAGUUCUGGGAAAGAAUAGUAUUUAUCUUUGCAGCCCCUAACAGACGCUACAGAGUGUUGAAAGGGGACCAUGCUUCCUUUUUAGAGACAGUACCAGUCAGAGCCAUAAUACACUUCACUCUGUUCCAAUUUGUCUAUCUGCUGGUUUGUUUUGGAGUGACUUGGAUUCCCAUAGCAGGAAUCUUGUUUCCUUUGCCCUUCUUCUUGAUGAUCCCAAUAAGACAGUUUAUACUGCCAAAACUGUUCAAUUCUCGCCAUUUGAAGGAACUCGAUUCCGCUGAAUAUGAAGAAAUUGUUGGCACACCAGGCCUUUCCUUCCGUCAUCCCUCUUCCCGGGAAAUGGAAUUUGCAAGCAAUGGAUCAAGGGAAAUGGGUGAUGAUGAGAUAUUAGACGAGGCCACCACUGGUAGAGGAGAGGUAAAGCACAAAACUGUGAGCUUCAGAUUAGAGGAAAGACGACAUGCACAUGCACAGGCGUUGCAAGUGUACCCUGAUGAAAUUGGAAGGGAAACGGAUUCGUAGAUUUGUAAAGAAAAGUUAUGAAGAUGUUAUAUAUAAUGAUGGUGACAACUUUG